ACGGCGCCGCGCCGGCCCGGCCCUGCAGCUUCCCUGGGGCUCUCCGCUAGCCCGGGGGCCGCUCCUGUGGUUCCCGGCUUGUGGCGGAGCCCCGGCGCUGUCGCGGAGCCAUGUCGCGGCCGAGGAACGUCCCCCCGCGACCGCCCGAUGGGGGCACAGGCGGCUCGGGCGCCCCCGCCGCGCCGGGCCGAGGCCGAGGCGGCAAAGGUCUGAGGGAUAUCCGUGUGGACGAGGAAGUGGAGAUCGCGGUGAAUCUGGCUCUGGAGCGGUUCCGCUACGGCGAGGACACGGAAAUGGAAUUUCCAUCUUCUUUCACUAGAACUGAAAGAAAGUUUGUUCACCGGCUCUGUCAGUCUCUUGGACUGAUAUCUAAAAGUAAAGGAAAAGGAGCUAAUCGAUACCUAACUGUAAGAAAAAAGAAUGGAUUGGAACUAACACAUGCAGUAAUGACUUGUGCCUUAACUCCUGGUACAAAACACAUUAUUCGUACUUUAAUUCGGAAUUUUCCCGUCACAAAUAAAGAACGAACAGAACUUCUGCCAAAGACAGAACGAGGAAAUGCCUCUGCCAUUGAAUCUGGUAUGUUCAGUGAUGUAUCUUGUGAUAUGGACUUGUCAGUCAAUGUACUUGAAAAAACAACCCCCACUGUCUUCU